AUGUCCGCCCUCCCGGCUCCCCAAGUGCCCCUUCAGAUUGAAUGGCAACCGGCAGCCUUAGAAUUCCAAAAGGGUCAGACACAGUUGAUCCACAAGCCCAGGACGGCGCUCCAGUCCUACAUCCCUGGAUGUGAGCCCACCUGGCAAGAUACCGAUCAAGUCACCCUACAGGACUUCUUUGCGGAGUUGCAGCGCUACCUUAAGCACAGCCUGCAACAACAAGUCAUCAAGGCCGGCAAUGCGCUAGCUUUGAUAAUGGAUGAGAUGGAAGACAUUGAGUGGACAAGCCCGGCGAUGCCCCCUAACUUCCUGGAAGAUAUCCAGAGAGCCAUCAAUGAAGGAAGGCUCUCCAUCGCCAGUAUGCCCACACCAGGACCUGUCCCCAACCCCGCACCUCCGCAGAACUCAAGGGCCUCGUCCAGAGCGGCCCUGAGAACCUUCGACCAAAGGGUGAACCCCUUUGCAGCAUUUCCGACACCGGUCAGGAGUGGUCCUUCUGGGCUCCCCCUAGCCUGGGUUCGACAGGGGUUAUCCCCAGAAUGCCACGGAGGCUCACCACCCCCGGAGCCACCUAGGAGGAACCUCCAGCCAGAAGGAAAUCCUGGUGGAGAAAACCAGAACGCAGAACCAGCGGGUAAUGGUGGAGGAGAUGGAAUAGUCCCCCCGGUUGGCGGCACUCCCAACCCAGGAGGGGACUCAGACAGCUCAGACUCCGAGCCUGAGGAUGGUGACAGAAGAGGAUGGUGGAGAUACCUCAGGAAGAAGUUAGAGAAGCAGAAGAAGGAGCUUCUGGCCUCCAUGCCCCAGUUCAUGAGACCUCUGGCCCCCUCGCACCCCUCCGCUGCCUCUAGGGCCUGA